CGAGCUUCGAUGUGUUUGGCUUCUGCCUCGAGCAAGAUUUGCUUCUGCUUCCUUGCUUUCCUGCAUCUCUCUACACAGGGAACUCUGUCAGCUUGAGAAACUUCUUUGCGUGCAUACUGCCGCAUUGCAUUAGCUUCGGGUGUCGGGUACCUUCUCAGCAGCCAUGGCUCAGUGCGUCGCUGCCAAGCUGGCCGGGUCCAUCGCGGCCACCAGCGUUUCUAAGGCUGUCACUACUCAGAGGAUUGCCGUCAGGCCUGCCUUCCUGUCUGGCGCUACUCUGCGCAAGUCUGUGAAGGCCGUAGCUCCCCGGGCUGCUGGCAAUGGUGUCAUCUCCGCAGCUUCCCAAGGACAGUACACAGCAGACCGCGAGCUCUGGUAUCCGGGCGCCACCGCCCCUGAGUACCUGGAUGGCUCUCUGCCAGGCGACUUCGGAUUUGACCCUCUCAACCUUGGGUCUGACCCCGAGCUUCUCAAGUGGUUCCAGCAGGCUGAACUCCAGAAUGGCAGGUGGGCCAUGCUCGGAGCCGCCGGCAUCCUCAUCCCUGAGGCCCUGACCUCGGCUGGCAUCCUGCACACCCCUCACUGGUACGAGGCUGGCGCUGCUGAUUACUUCGCUGACAAGAAGGUCCUAACCAUUGUCCAGUUGAACCUGAUGGCCUGGGCUGAGAUCAGGAGAUGGGCAGACAUCAACAACCCCGGCUCAGUCAACGUGGACCCCGUCUUCCCUAACAACAAGCUGCCCUCCGGAAACGAAGUUGGGUACCCUGGGGGAAUUUUCGAUCCGUUCGGCUAUGCAAAGGACUCUAGCAAGGCAGGGGAAUUGAAGUUGAAGGAGAUCAAGAACGCUAGACUGGCCAUGCUCGCAAUGGCCGGCUUCUUUUUCCAGGCCGUGUACACCGGAGUGGGUCCCAUUGACAACUUGACAACCCACCUGGCAGACCCCGGCCACAACACGAUCUUCGCGCAAUUGUAAUUUCGACCCAAUAAGCUCGGAUUGUCCUCAAUGGCAUUGGUCGCCGCGUCUGCGAGCUGGGUUUGGUCACAAGCUACUGCAGUUCUGAUUGCUUAACUGUACAUGUUCAUACGGUCCCAAUACAGAGGCAUGUGUUGCUAUAAAAGACUCGUCACCAGCGUUUUGGUGUGAUCGAUCUCGGCCUUGCUUCAAGCUGCCCCAGCAAAGUGAGCACAGGAGUUCUUAGCUGCAGGCGUUGGCUGCAAGUAGUAGCCGGCUAGGAUGAUUGUCCUAAACGAUCAAUCUCACCAUCAUUGAACGAGCCUGGUCCCUAGUGGUCCAGUUCCUCCUCGCGCUCGAGAAGGACAAAGGGCAUUCCGUGAUCUUCCAGCUUCUCUCAAAAAUGUGACCGAAACGCCUCACCGG